GGAUCGUUAUUAUAUUCGAUAAGGAUAAAGGCUAAUUGGGCAAUCAAGUGUGGCAGCUCGAUGCAUUUCCCUGCUGGAGUUUCGUGCAGAUGCAAUGGCGCGUUUUUUGGUGGCCCUUAUUUUGGUUGUGGUAGGGAUGGCGACGGCGUCUAUGGACUCGGAGGGCAACGACCGCCUGGGGCGCAUCCGUAACGCCCCCAUGCCCGGCACGCUCAGCAGCGUCGGCGACGUAGAAAGCUCACCCCCCAUCUACCGCCCCGGCAGCCAGGCCUACGUGGUCUCCCAGUUCGUGAAGCCCAAGCCUCCCCACCAGUACUGGGAGGAGGAGACGUCCCUGACCAUGGUCCCGGAGAACAAGAACUGCCUGCUGUGUGAGACUGUAGACACGGGCGCGUGCCGGUCCAUGCCCUCGUGUGUGUACUGUGAGCCGACUGUCACUGCGCUGUGUGAGCGUUCCACGCCAUGUCUCCGCUGCACAGUGAUCAAGAACCCGUUCUUCAAGUGCAUCCCGGGCGAGAAGUACAUGGACGAGUGCGACUCGUGCCGCUGCAUCGACGGCCACUCGGGCUGGUGCACCAACCAGUUCUGCGAGUUCAGAGCGCUCCACAUCUACGCCGCUCGUCUUUCUGACGGCGAGUACUAUUAACAACAAUA